AUCACUGUAAAGCACUCUGAGCAUCUAGAAAAGUGCUAUAUAAAUGCAAUGUUUUACUAUCAUGCUAAUGAAUGCCUGCGAUGUGGAUACGGAUCUGGUCCUCUUUAAAGACAAAAACAACAAACAGGUAUUUUGUGUAAGAGCUGAUGGUGUUAAAACCAUAUUGUGGGUACUGUAUUUGUUCUUGAUGUGUACAAACUGAAUUUUUGUCCAGUUUUAAAUUUAAAAUGUAUCAACGUGUUUGGAAAUGUGAAGUGUGAUGAGUCACACUUAUUCAGCACACUUCUUGCUCCAUGUACCGGAUUUUGUUAAUAUACAGUCUGCACAACACUUCUGAGGCUGGGAAUAACACUUUGCCCAAAAACACAAGUAUUUUUAUUCCCAUUUUCACCUUUACUGCUACAAUGUCAAUUUGAAAAUCUGAUCUAAACUGCAUGUCUUUGUAUUGGGCAUUAUGUUAUGUGUCCUUUUCCCUGGGCUUGUAAUUAACUUUUUGCAAAAUAGGGGUACUGCAACAUGAUAAAUGCCUACUGUACGGAUAAUAGAAUUAUGUGUCACCUUGUAAUUUGUGUCCAGUUGUAUUUUGCACUGUGUUCUAAGGUUUUGCCCUUGUAAGAAUUCCUUGCACGUGAGUGUAUCCAUCCAUUACCUUGCCUGCAUAUCCUGUGCAGGGUCGCAGGGGCAAGAGGUAGGAAUACACCAUGGACAGGCUGCAGAACACACACGCCAUUCAUUCACGCACUCAUACCUAUGAGUAUUUUAAAGUUUCAAAUUCGCACUACCUGCCUACCAGGACUGUGGGAGGAAACCACCGUGGGAGGAAACUAUAGUGUACCACUGUGCCACCAUGCACCUGGUCUGAGAACAGAGUGUGCAUUUCGACCAGGCUCAGGAAAAUCACAUGUAAUGUUUAGGGAAACAGCAAACUUGCAUCCAUUAGGGUACAUUUGCUUUCCUUUAACAAGUAUCUCUUUAAGAAUGCAGGAUAACAUAGCCCAGGACUGUAAUCUGUCCAAAAUAAAUAAAUAAAUGCUGUUCACAAUCCACUUCUUCUAGUGCAAAACUAAUUACAUAUCGCAAAUAUUCAAUAAUUUCAAAGUAUGUCUCUCACCAGUCACCAGGGCCAAAAUCUAGUUAGACGAGUAUGUUAGGUUUUUUAGGAACACAUUGACCAUGUUAGCUCGUCAUUGGUAGCUACAGCCACAGCUGUCCUGAAGCGGUCAGCAGGUUUUAUGAUCAAGAUGAUGUAUAGAGUUCUAUCAAAGAUGUCAUAAGUCCUGAGUAACUUGCUCUUUAUGUGGACAGAUAAGGUUGCGCUGUUUGUACAUAGGUACACGUCCUUCCUGCAAUGGAAAAUGGUCAGACAUAGCCAGUCAGACCGCAUGCCACGAAUAUUUAACUUAUCAGUUAAAGAGUGGGGACCAUCGAGAAAUACAAGAACACGGAGUCGGUCUGCACGGCCUUUUCCGCUUAUCUGAAAACAACAUCAGCAAACGUUUUACUGGGCGCACUUCGGAAAGGGACUGUGACGUCAUUGUGAUUGGCUCGGCAACAGCGGACGCGUAUAUUCCAUAGACUGUAUAUAUUCCCACUCGCGCGCUGGACUUGCCUCCCAGUCGCACAUUGGCUUCAACGCAAAGUUCAGAGUUGCUUGGCAAGCUUGCGCUCUCCGUAUAAAAAACUGAUCUGUUCACCGUAAGACACGACAAGACAGUUAGCUAGCUAGCUAAAAUAGCGAAAGAACCUAGAUUGUUUCAUGGUGACCGAAAUUAAUGUUCGAAUUAAUAAAAGUAACUGAAACGUGCCCCCUCUAGGCAGACCUGGAGCAGCGCGAGGAGGAGCUGCACCACCCGAUGGAGAGGCCGUUGCGCCAGGUGUUCGCGGUAAAGGAGGAGCCCGGCAGCUGUGCGCUGUUGGACUUCUUGGCUGCAGAGACCGGCUGCCACAACAGGCCCCUGCUGAACAAGCAGGUGGGAGGGAGGGAUGAGGAGGAAGAGGAGUUGGAGGGAGAAAUAAAGUGCAGGGUGGCUGCCAUGAACCCCACGUGCACAUCACAGAGAAAGCUCAGGGCGGCUACACAGUCCCUGCUGAGCAGUGCCAGUUGUGGCUCAGCCCACACCCUCAGGCACAGUGGCAAUGACCUGACGGUGACGGGGAUCUCCCUGGCAACCCGGUUUUCAGCGCUCUGCGUGGACCUGCCCUUGCUGGGGGAAGGGGGGGUGGAGAGCGAGGUGGAGGCCGGCUUCAGGAAGCCUUGCGUCUUCGCCACGGUCAAGCCCUGCAACCUCGAGCAGGAGAAGGCCAAGUUCUUCCUGUCCGACUUCACCUACAACCCGCACUUUGAGUACAGCCACCCAGUCUCCUCAGCCAUGCUGGAGCGCUACAACACGGCCUCCAAUCGCUUCCUCACACAGGCGGUGCGGAUCUUGGAGCAGGCCCUGCGUAGGUACAGCAGCUAUGAGAAGUUUGAGCUGGCCACCGGGGGGAGCCUUCUCCCCAAAAACAGAAUCAAGAGUUAUGUCAAGAAGUACAUGGAGAAGGAGGGUUGUGUGGGAGAGGUGGUAGUGCACCUGUCAGAGGACCUCCUCUCCAGGGCAUCCAUGACAGUGAUGAGCACCCGCUCCAUUCUGACCAUCAAUGUCUCCACCGCCCGCGAGUUCUGGCUGGAGGGCUUGCUGCGGCACGAGAUCGGCACCCACUACUUCCGGGGGAUGAACAACGGGCAGCAGCCGUGGGCGAACGCGUCGGCGCGGCACGCUCUGAACCUGCGCCCCCCCAAUCCCACGGAGGAGGGCCUGGCCAGCCUGCACAGCGUGCUUCACCGCAAGGACCCCACGCUGUGGCGUGCCGCCCUGCUGUACUACACCGUGCACCAGGCCAGCCAGCUCGCCUUCGCCGACCUCUUCCAGGACCUCCAGCGCUUCGUCAGCGACCCCAACACCCGCUGGGACUACUGCAUCCGGGCCAAGAGGGGCCAGGCGUACACCGGCCAGCCCGGCUGCUUCAGCAAGGACCAGGUGUACCUGGAUGGGGUUAUGAAGCUGCUGCGCUACAGAGAGACCAUCGACUUCCAGCUGCUCAUGUCGCUGGGGAAGGUGUCAUACGAGGACGUGGAGCGGCUGAGGGACUUGGCGGUGUUGGCACACACUCGAUUACCUCACUUCCUGCGGGAUCGGGACCGCUACGCCCGUCACCUGCGGCGCAUCAUGGAGGUGAACCAGCUGAGCGACGGAGAGCUGCAGGCGCUCAUCUGAGCGUGCUCAGAACGGCUCGAGCGCGAAGCUGGCGUUCCCGUGCGGUCCGGCUCCCCCGCCGGGGGAGAACUGCGGCCGCAUUCAGCGUGAGACCCAAACCCGGACCGUCCCGGCCCCAAGGCCCUCGUGGGUGUGUGCUAUUUAAGAGAGGGAGUGUGUGUGUGUGUGUGCGUGUGUGUUAUAAUUACCACUGCACCAGUUUCUUGCCGUAUAAUGAAAUAGUCCUCUUGAUUCCCCUGUUAUUCAGAAUUCUGUAGGCCAGUGUAAGUCCAGACUCAGACAGUUGGACAGAUCAUGCUGCGCUCUAUGAUGUUGCAAUGCAUUCUGGGCCAGUAGAACAGAAGCCCUACCUGAUUAAAAUUAGCUGACCAUUUCAGCUGCUGCUGAUCUUUUUGUGGUUCUUAUUUAUGAUGCACACACCUAUGCGUUUACUUUUUCUUAUGCACAUAUGGUAAAUUUACAGUUUUGUAAAAGUUCAUUUGUAUUGUAUUGUUUCAGUUUUUUAUACAUUUGGUGCGUCUUCUAAAUAAUAUGAAAUUAAAUAUAUUUUUAGCUGCU